AUGCCUGGAGGCGAGGAGACGCUGGACCUGCCUGCUUGGAACCGCGCCCUGGACCCAGACUGGGACACCCACCACAGAAGUGUGAUGGCAUCUCUUGAUUCUGAGGUGAAGGAAGAGCGUCUGAGGGAAGACCUGAAGUUCUACUUCAUGAGCCCCUGUGAGAAAUACCGAGCCAGACGCCAGAUCCCAUGGAAGCUGGGCUUGCAGAUUCUGAAGAUAGUCAUGGUAACCACACAGCUUGUUCGAUUUGGCUUAGGCAACCAGCUGGUGGUGGCUUUCAAAGAAGAUAACACUCUUGCUUUUAAGCAUCUGUUCUUGAAAGGAUUUUCCGGAGUUGAUGAAGACGAUUAUAGCUGUAGUGUAUACACUCAAGAGGACGCCUAUGAGAGCAUCUUCUUUGCUAUAAAGCAGUAUCGUCAUCUAAAGAACAUUUCCCUGGCAACUCUUGGUUAUGGAGAGAAUGAAGACAACAGAACUGGCUUGAAAUUCUGUAAGCAGCACUACAAGACAGGCGCCAUGAUUUCUCCUAACGAGACCCUGAAUAUUGACAGUGACAUUGAGACAGACUGCAUCCACCUAGAUCUCCAAGUGCUGGACAAGGAACCCGAGGGCUGGACACAGUCUGCUUUCUUCAGGCUGGAUUUUUACCGGCUCGUGCAAGUUGAUAUCUCCUUUGCCCUCAGAGGAAUUGACCUACAGGCAAUUCAUUCCCGAGAGGUACCAGACUGCUACAGCUUUCAGAACACGAUUACCUUUGACAACACAGCCCACAGCGGAAAAAUAAGGAUCUAUUUUAACAGCAAGGCCAACAUAGAAGAAUGUAAAGCCAUGAAUAUAUCCGGAUCUAUUCAGAGAAGCACUCAGUACGUCCUGGUGUUUGAUGUGUUUGUCAUUAUGGUCUGCCUGGCAUCCCUUAUCCUGUGCACCAGAUCCAUUGUCCUUGCUCUGAGGCUGAGAAAGAGGUUUCUGAACUUCUUCCUGGAGAAGCACAAGCGACGCACGAGUGAUGCUGACCAGUGGGAGUUCAUGAAUGGGUGGUACAUCCUGAUCAUUCUCAGUGACCUCAUGACAAUCAUCGGAUCCAUAUUAAAGAUGGAGAUCAAAGCCAAGAACCUCACAAAUUAUGAUUUGUGCAGUAUUUUGCUCGGGACAUCAACACUCUUGGUCUGGGUUGGAGUCAUCAGAUACCUGGGCUAUUUUCAGACAUACAAUGUGCUCAUUCUAACCAUGCAGGCCUCACUGCCCAAAGUCCUCCGCUUCUGCGCUUGUGCUGGUAUGAUCUACCUGGGGUACACAUUCUGCGGCUGGAUUGUCUUGGGACCAUACCACGAGAAGUUUGAAAACCUGAACAUAGUUUCCGAAUGCCUGUUUUCUCUGGUCAACGGAGACGACAUGUUUGCUACCUUCGCUCAGAUCCAGCAGAAGAGCACCCUGGUGUGGCUGUUCAGUCGCCUUUACCUGUACUCCUUCAUCAGCCUCUUCAUUUACCUGGUCCUCAGCCUUUUCAUCGCGCUCAUCACCGAUUCUUAUCACACCAUCAAGAAAUACCAGCAAAAUGGGUUCCCUGAAACGGAUCUGCAGAAAUUCCUGAAGGAACACAGUGGCAAAGAUGGGUGCCAUAAAGAACCACCGGCCUUGCUGUCCUGUGUCUGCUGUCUGAGGAGGAGAGGAAGUGAUGACCACUUGAUUCUCAUUGAAUAAAACCCUUCUAAUGUCAAUCAAGUCCAGACCUCUUUCUUCUGUGGCGGUGCAGAGAGACCCCAGAGAGGGCAGUAGUUCACUAAAAGAUUGCCUUACUGAAUUGUGGGUCCAGAAGGAGGAGUGUCUGCCAGCUUCUGACCAGAAGUGACAUUCCAAAGCUACCUUUUACAAACAUGGAAGGCAGAGGAUAGGCCCUUCCUGGGAGUUAAUUGAAGUGUGAUAAUGGAAUUCAUCAAUAGUCUGCUCGCUUGUGACAUCAUAAAGUUGGGCUGAAAAAUAUUAGCAUUUCAGAGUGUGUAAACAAUAUUAAAACCAGGUAAAAAAGUAUAUGCUUAUUGCCAGAAAAAGGUUUGUUUUAAAAAUGUAAUCCUUAGCCGGGCGGUGGUGGCGCACGCCUUUAAUCCCAGCACUAGGGAGGCAGAGGCAGGCGGAUCUCUGUGAGUUCGAGACCAGCAAGAGCUAGUUCCAGGACAGGCUCCAAAACCACAGAGAAACCCUGUCUCGAAAAACCAAAAAAAAAAAAAAAAAAAAGUAAUCCUUGAAUUUGAAGACAUUUGUUAAUUCAUGGUCAGCACAGAAAUAUAUUUGGUUUUUAUCUCAAAUUAAGGCUUGAAGCUGGAGGACUGGUAAGCCGUGAAAAGUCUCCCACUCAGGCACUAACCAAAAGCUGGCUGUUUGUAAUGUGAACUUGAUUCUGCAGCAUGCCACACUGGGUUUUCAGCCCAGUCGGUGAGAUGGAGCCGACCAUAUGGGUAUCUCCUCAGCUGAGUGGUGCUAAACCUGAAGUGGCCCCCGGUUUCAUGAGUCAUCCCCACUGUGGUGGGAAUUUACCUAUGUCAAGCAAGGAAAU